GCGUGGGCGGAGGUGUCGCAGGAGGCGCCCGGGGCCUGGCCGCGCGGGCCGGGCCGGGGGCGCGGUGGAGGGGAGGGACGCGGCGGCGCCGGCCUGGGCCGCCGGGUCCGCUCCCCUCGCCCUGGAGCCUCACCGGGCGGGGAGCGGUGGGGAGGAGUGCGGGACUCGCGGGCCUUCAGAAGCCGGGACCGCCCUCUCCCGCUCCAGGGCGGGCAGCGAGCAGCAGCAGAUGCCGGAGCCUCAGUGGCAGCAUGAGAGCGGGCGCCGGCGCUCCACGCUUGCGGCCGCACGGCGGGCGGCGGCGGCGGCUCUCCCAGCGCUCUCCAUGGGCGCGCAGUGGGGCCGGCAGAGCGCAAGGCGCGGAGGCCUGGGGCUCUCCAUGGCCCACUUGGCGCUGUUGGCCGCCACCCUGGUGUGCGUGGCCGUGGUCGUCUAUGUUUGUUGGAAGCAGCUGCCGCCGCUGCCCUGGGCCGCCUCCGUCCCGCCGCUGCCCCGGACCACUUCCGCCCCACCGCGGCCGGUGAGCGUGCUGCUGUGGUGGGAGCCCUUCAGGGGCCGGCACAACGCCUCCCGGCCGCCCCCCGACUGCCGGCUGCGCUUCAACAUCAGCGGCUGCCGCCUGCUCACUGAUCGCGCGGCGUACGGGGAGGCCCAGGCGGUGCUUUUUCACCACCGAGACCUGGUGAAGGGGUCCCCGGACUGGCCCCCGCCCUGGGGCGUCCAGGUGCGCCCGGCGGAGGAGCAGCAGGUGCUGGUGAUGGACGACGAGGAGGAAGCCGCGGAGACCCAAGCCCUGGCUGCCUCUGGCCCUAGGCCCCCGGGCCAGCGCUGGGUGUGGAUGAACUUCGAGUCGCCCACCCACUCCCCGGGGCUGCAGAGCCUGGCAGGUAACCUCUUCAACUGGACGCUCUCCUACCGGGCCGACUCCGACAUCUUCGUGCCUUAUGGCUACCUCUACCCCAGGUCCCAUCCCAGGGAGCAGCCGCUGGGUCUGGUCCCGCCGCUGGCCCGGAAACAAGGGCUGGUGGCCUGGGUGGUGAGCAACUGGGACGAGCGCCAGGCGCGGGUCCGCUACUACCGCCAGCUGAGCCAGUACGUGACCGUGGACGUCUUCGGCAAGGGCGGGCCUGGGCAGCCGCUUCCAGAAGCUGGGCUCCUGCACACGGUGGCCCGCUACAAGUUCUAUCUGGCCUUCGAGAACUCGCAGCACCAGGAUUAUAUCACCGAGAAGCUGUGGCGCAACGCCUUCCUGGCCGGGUCGGUGCCCGUGGUGCUGGGCCCUAACCGUGCCAAUUAUGAGCGCUUCGUGCCCCGCAGUGCCUUCAUCCAUGUGGACGACUUCCCUGAUGCCUCCUCCCUGGCCGCCCACCUGCAAUUCCUCAACCGAAACCCAGCUGUCUAUCGCCGCUACUUCAACUGGCGCCGGAGCUACGCUGUGCACGUCACCUCCUUCUGGGACGAGCCUUGGUGCCGGGCCUGCCAGGCUGUGCAGAUGGCUGGGGACCAGCCCAAGAGCGUCCCCAACUUGGCUGGCUGGUUUGAGCGGUGAAGACACCCUU